GAGCAAUCUCGAAGUAACCACCGCUAAAGUCCGUCAGGGAGACACAUCUGUCAUAUCAGUACAUACUUAUUUCAAAGUAAAAGUAGUGUUAUGCAAAAGUAAAGUCUAAGUUAUAAAUAGGUACAUUAAAUGCAAAAAUUACUUUUGCAUUAAUAAUUUUUGCAUUUUUCAUGAAUUCGCAAUCAAUAUUUCUGAUGCUGACGUGUCCAAACAGUUGUAAAUAUUUAUAAGUUUGCGUUCUGAUUAAGUAAUAAUGAGCGUUUGGUAUUCAUAGACACGUUACGCACAUACGCAUGCGUCCAUUUUGUACAAAAGCGUCGCUAUGUUACUUAGGCAUAUACGGCGUAUUGAUAAGUGACAUCUGUUCUCUUAGUCUUUGAUUGUUUUGAUGUGGCGCGUUCAUGUGUGACGUUCGUACGCCCUUUCUCGCGCUAGUGUGAGUGGGCAGCAGGCGUUCGUAUUUAUUUUAGACACCGGCUGAAGCCGGUUCAGUCUUUCUUGUCUUCCCGCUUGGUUACCAGUGAGAGUGUUUGUGAUUUUGGACUUUUAGUUUUUGUAAAUAGAGUUGAAAAUGUCCGCGUCACCGAUAGCGAGACAGUCGACCCACAGCCAGGCGAUUCCAUCCAGGAGGGUUCUCAUCACAGACCCAACUCAGAUGCCAGAUGUGUAUUCAAGUACCCCAGGAGGCACAUUGUACUCGACCACGCCUGGAGGCACCAGGAUAGUGUACGAGAGGUCCUUCAUGAUGUCUCUCAGGCAGUCGCCGAUCUCCCAAACCCCACCGAAGUGCAGCCUCCCUGCGGCCCUUCUCAAAAACCCCAGUUCUGUGUCGGCAUCACAGAUCACUGUGCAGAAAACUAGGUCGAAUUCUAUCUCCUUCGACGAGUCGCAGGAAACCUUUAGUAUGGAUCUCUAAAUUAGGUUAAGUUAGCGGAACUGAUGUUGGAAGAGAAUCAAUGAUAGAUGCGCAGCCACGUUGCUCUGGGAGCGAAAAAAAAUAUAGAAUGUACAAUUCACAGACUUGGAACCGGGGGGCUACGAUGAAACAUAAAACACGUAAUACAUUACGUCCACACGUUCUCUCUUUUUUACACGAUCCGUACACGAUAUGGAAAAAAGAGACAGCAUGAAAACGUUAGUAACGUGUUACGUGUAUGUAUUUUUCGUGUUCGCUUUCUGGCGUAUCUAUGGCUUGCUUGCGCAGGUAGUGGGCCUUAGAUCCCUUUGCCUUUCCACAUGGAUAAACGAAACAAAAAAAAGGUCUAUGACGAUAGGCCGUGCAGGUAAACCGGACACGGCAGACGUCCCUAAUCACGUGGUGCGCAUUAUACCAAGGUGUUACUCCAGUGGAGAUUGAAGUCUGUCAUGGGUAACGAGAAUUCAUUUAUGGGAGAGAUGGGUUAGCCAUUUGUCACAAUUUCUGAAUUCCACUUUCCACAUAAACGUUGCCUUCGAGUUUCGCGAGUUGUCUCUGUCUACCCCGUACGGGAAGUAGACGUGAUAUAGGACGUGUAACACGUUGGCCCAUGUUGAACAGUGAUUUGUAUUUCUUAAUUAAAAUAACAUUUUAACAAUAAUUAAAGUAACUAUGGGACGAUGUUGCGUGUAAUGCGGCUUAUGCUUAUAUACCCUUUUCGCACUCAAAACAUUUUGGUAGCUAGCGAAAGGGACAACAAUAAUCUCGCAACAGUACGGUUCCAACAUCAGUUUUGCACUUUUCACUUAAGAAAGCCAAGUCACAUAAGUUUAUUUAGUGAAGACUGUUGUAUUACGCUCUUGGCUGAAUCUAGAUUUAAGAUGUAUGAACUUGCGUUUUGAACGCUUAACCGCACCUCACCAAAUAAAGUAAAAAAAAUACCAAGAUAUUUAAAAAAAUACACAUUAAGCCUUUAGCUCUUGAACGCGUUGAUACGAAUUUUCGUACUUUUUGACACUUGGAUAUCUCUAAAGCAUAUAUUUUUAUUUAAAGACUAGCUCAAUCUACCUACUCGUACAAGAGUACAUUGAUUGACUUUUGAUAAAAAACUAUUGGCUUUUAAAGUGGCAUUGGGGAUAGAUAUAAGGAGGUCAAAUAGUCGUAGAAACGUCUACGUGAGUAAAGGCUGAAUUUAGUGGCGUAAUUUGUCUUGGAGCCCACCUCAAAUUCAUCUGAUAGGGCCCUUCCACAAACAGGGUCAGAUUAAAAAAAAUAAACACAUCGGCAAUGCGCAUCUAGGUGCAUUUUGUCAUCAUGCCACCAUGCCACCGAAUUGUUACGUCACUGGUUGAAUUUCUAAUGGAAUGGAUGUGUUGUGAAUAAAAAAUAAUUGACAGGUUGCGGUAAUUGUAAAUAUACCUAUCAUAGUGUUGUUUGAAUUUGAUGCACACCUUUAGUGCCUAGUAUUCAUUAUUGUAUUUUUAAAGCAAGUGCCAUUACGUAGAAGUUAAUUUAAUUUUAUAAUUUCCUUCUCCAUGGUAUUGCUGAGAUAAUUUCCAUAAUCUCAAAUAUUUUGAAUACCUACGACUGAUAUGCGGAUAUUUGAGGAUAAGUUUAAUUAUAAAUAUACUUAAACUUCAUUGGUCACAUAUUGUUGUAUGACAACAUUGUUAUAUUAUGAUCUUUUGAGACUUUUUUCGAAAGUUAACUUUAAAAACGGUUUCUUAAAAUUUUUAAAAUAGAUUUGUAUAAUCUAGAUUUUACUUGAAUUUAUCAAAUGUUAACAAAAAUAUGUUUGUAAUUAAGUGAUGUUGGAUAAUGACGUGUUGACAUCUUGAAAUUGUAGGUACCAAUGUUGAAUUGUUCCAAAGCAUUUAACUAUUACAUAAAGUACAUAUAGUUGAUGAACUCUCUUAUAAGUUUAUAUCUUUAAGCCAUUUGUCGGUGUAAGCAUCUAGUGCAUUGUUGAUAUUACAACUUGCGACUGCCAAUAUGUGAAUAAAUUAUAAAAUUUA